AUGGAACGCGUUGCUCGCCGACGGAAUCACGAAAAUGAAAAUGGCUAUUCGAAAGAAAAAGAUAAAGAUCCAGAAUUCGUCCACAGGGAGUCCGUUUUAACAGUACUCAUGAAUGAGUCGCUACACAUAAAGGCGAUUUAUCACAUAUUUGUCGCCAUUUUGAUCAUGCUUUUCUUGGACACUGUUAUUUACGACAUUGUGGAACGUGGAAAAUUGAAUGUUGGUAUUGCAUCCGUGGUGUAUGGUUUCGGGGACAUCAAACGCGCCUUCAAGAUUUGGCUGUUCGAGCUUACUCUCGCUCUUAUAUUCUAUCCGGGGCUACGGAUAUAUGCAGCUACGAGAAAAUUGGUGAAAAAAAGUGCAGUGUCCUGUCAACUUCUAUCCGUGGUUGGUGUAAUUUGCCUCAUUCUAUUGCAAAUAUGUCUUAUUGGAGUGCCAUGCUGGGAAUUAGGAAGAAAACAUCUUGCUGUGGGAUCAUCUGUGGCAGUGACUUGUGAAAUGUUCCGUUAUGCAAUGAAAAUCUGCGCUGUAGCAGUCGAUUGUAUACCCCGAUGCCACAACGAUCAGAGGCCAUUGCCACCAUUCCAACAUUACUUGUACUUCCUGUUUGCACCGACACUUAUUUAUAGAGAUUCAUACCCUCGAACAAAGAAGAUAAGGUGGGGAAUGGUUUUGUUUCACUUCUCAGAGGUCGCUGCUGUCGUCUUUUAUAAUUGUUUUCUUUGGGAGCGAUUUAUUUUGCCUUAUUGGUCCGACUAUGGUAAAAAGCCGCAGGUUGAAGCUGGUACAGUAGUGCGCGGAAUGUUUGCCUGUGUUUUGCCCGGUUUAUUAUCAUUUUUAUGUGGCUUCUAUUGUCUUCUACACGCCUGGCUCAAUGCCUUCGCUGAGAUUAUGAAAUUUGGAGACCGUCUUUUUUACGAGGAUUGGUGGACCAAAUCUAGGUACUCUAAUUACUAUCGGGCGUGGAACCGUGUUGUUUCAUCUUGGCUUCGUGACUACAUUUUCCGCCCAAUUACCCCACUCGCCGGGCGUCCCCUUGCCUAUGUAACCGUAUUCUUUGUUUCAUCGGUAGCUCACGAAGUUAUCUUGGCACUUGGUUUUGGGUUCUUCUAUCCGGUAUUGCUGAUACAGUUUGGCGUUAUGGGUGUGAUGCUCCUGCCACUCACAGCUACGGCGGGAAAACGAUUUCCCAGCAUAUUUAACAUGUUUAUGUGGCUUUCAUUUUUCAUAGGCACAGGAAUGUUAUGGAGCCUCUACCCAAUGGAAUACUUUGCUCGGAAGAACUGCCCGCCUUCCGAAAAUGACAACUUUUUCAUACCAAAGUCAUGGUCUUGUCCGAAAAUAGUACUAAAACCUAAUUGGACAUUUGAAAAUCCUUUUGAUUUAAAUAUAGAAUAA